AUGUCACCAUCACCCCCGGACUGGCUGCUGAUCAGCCUACACUAUGCAUUUCCGACUGCCGUCUUCGUAUACUUCUCCAUUGCGACCAGCGUGGCAGUUUGCACCUUGCAGACCUCAUCUACAUCACCCAAAGUCAAGCAUACUCGUCCAAAGGUUAUUGUUUAUCUUCUGCUCCUUUUUGUGCUCCUGUACCUUGGCCAGCUCCUUCUCAAGGUCAUACAGACAUUUCUGGGCUCAGCAUGGCCAGCUCAGGACACUGUCGUCGGUAUUUUGUCUUGUAUCUUGGUUUUUGGUAUCGAGCAAAGCGCUCUUGGUGACGGCACAGAUGUGGUCUGGUAUCCGUAUAUUGGAUCAUGGCUCAUCGCCGCCGUCUCCGAGCCGGUCAUUGCUGUGCUCUCCAUCCUCGAUCAACGCAAGCAAUCUCAGACCUCGGGAACCCCCCUGCCCCACGUCACGCUGUCCUUUGAAAUGAUGAUUGUUUCUGUCCGCUACAUAUCUCUCCUUGCUGUCAUCUUCAUCUACUUUAUUGGUCGUUACAAACCAAAACAAGAAAGCAAGGACGAAGAGACGAGUCCGCUCCUACCAAAGCCCGGACCGGAAAAUGGCACUUUGGAUGCAGACGAUAGUGGUUAUGGAACUUCCGAUAACUCGGAGAAUAACACAGAUGCAACAAACUCACCAACAGACCCUGAGUCACCUUGGGAACGUCGCCAACGCCUAGCCAAGGAGCAGAUGGAGAAGCGUCUUCAGAGUGAGGGCAGUUGGAUCGCAUAUGCCAAGGGUUUCCUCAUCUUCCUUCCAUAUAUCUGGCCGUUUCACAACCGUCGUCUACAAGUAUACGCCGGCUUGGUUGGUGUCUGUCUCAUCGCUGGCAAUGCCCUCAACGUCCUCAUUCCGCGCCAAAUGGGAAUAAUCCUUGACGCUUUGAACGGCACUUCGGAUCGCAAUCCAUGGAUCGAGGUGAUCGUUUUCGCUGCACUACGCCUUGCCGCAUCAGAAGCUGGCAUCAACCUAAUUCGAUCAAUGUUGUGGUUGCCCGUUGAGUACUAUGGUGAGGAGGCCAUACAGGUAGCAGCCUACAACCAUGUGAUGAAUCUUUCGGCAGAUUUCCACGAUUCUAAGAGUUCGUCGGAUCUGAUUGUCGCCAUAUCCCACGGAACAGCAUUGACCCGCAUGCUGGAGUCUAUCUGUUUCGAGGCCAUUCCCAUGUUGAUUGAUCUUGUCGUGGCUUUCAUCUACUUGUCUGUCAAGUUUGGACCUUAUGAGGGUUUCAUCACGAUAAUGACUGGAGUCGCCUUCAUUCAGGCCGCCGCACAUCUGAUAGCUCGAUUUAAGGAAAAGAGAAGGAAGAUGGUGAAGACCUUUUUUGAGGAGCACUACAUCAAACAAGCCGGUAUUCAAGGAUGGCACACUGUCAGUGCAUUCAACCAGAUUCCAUACGAGGAGGAUCGCUACAAGAAGGCCAUUAGCUCGGAAAUGUCAGCAAUGAAGGGACUCUAUGCAGGAUAUCUCAUCGGCCACGCGUUCCAGUAUCUCAUUUUGCUUUGCGGUCUCAUCGCUGGUGCCUUCCUUGCCGUUUACCAGGUGACCCAUGGGCAGAGCACCGCUGGCGAUUUCGUCAUGCUGCUUACCUACUGGGGACAACUUACAGCGCCGCUACGAUUCUUCUCAAAUCUUGGCAGAAGCAUCAGCCAGGAUCUGGUCGGUGCUGAGAGGCUUUUGGGCGUCAUGUUGGAAAAGCCAACUAUUGUUGACAAACCAGACGCCGCCCCUCUCAAACUGGAUGGGGCAAGGGUUGAGUUCCACGACGUUGGUUUUAGCUACGACAAGAAGAAGGACAUCUUGAAGGGCGUUAAUCUGACAGUGCCCCCGGGGAAGACGGCAGCUUUCGUAGGAGCUACAGGCGCAGGCAAGAGUACUAUUCUGAGGCUCCUGGAUCGCUUUUAUGAAGUCAGCGACGGCUCAAUCUUGAUAGAUGGCCAAGACAUACGCGAUGUUCAACUGGCAAGUCUUCGCGAGAGUAUAGGAAUCGUGCCUCAAGCACCAAUCCUCUUUGAUGAUACUAUCAUGAACAACAUCAGAUAUGCUCGACUCAACGCAUCGGAUGACGAGGUAUUCGAGGCGUGCAAGGCUGCUGCUAUCCAUGAUCACCUCAUGAGUUUCAGUGAGGGCUACCAGACUCGGGUUGGAGAGAGAGGAGUCAAAAUUUCCGGCGGUGAACUGCAGCGCAUCGCCAUUGCUAGGGCUAUACUCAAGAGACCCGAUCUCGUCUUGCUGGAUGAAGCGACGAGUUCCGUUGACACUGAGACUGAGCAGAAGAUCCAGGAAGGUCUGAAGGCCCUCUGUGAGGCCCGGACCACUUUUAUCGUUGCUCACCGAUUGUCUACCGUCAUGAAUGCGGACAUUAUUUUCGUCGUAUCAGGAGGCGGAAUCGUCGAGCAAGGUACUCAUGAAGAGCUGCUGGAGAAGCAUGGAAAGUAUUCGGAGCUUUGGUCAAAACAGAUCUUUGUCAAGCCCAAGGAAUCUCAGGAUAUCGAGGACACAAGCGACGACGAUACUUCUGUAACAGAGCGUGGUGAGGAUUCAUCUGACGACCGUUUGACAAAGAAAUCCUCGUCUCGCUCCGAAAAAAGCAAUUCUGCGAACGAAACGGAAAAGGAUGCAGUUAGUGUCAGCUCAGAAGAGGCCUCGACAUCGUCCACGGACCGAAAGAAAGCCAUGCAAAACACCAAGCUCGUCACGACGCCCGCGAAGACUCCAAAUGGACACAAGAAAGAGGGUUCUAGAUUGAAUCCUGGUGCUCCCGAAUUCACGCCUCGUUCCACAGCUGUUGAUGGAAACUGUGUUACAGGCAACACCGAGGAGUUGGGCACACCCACCAAUGCAUCCAAGGAGGAUAUCCAGCCUGGACGAAGCGAUUGGGCCGACGAUGUUGAAGCUCACACGUUGCCAACGGAUAUCACAUCAGAGCAUGGCUCCAUAUUGAAUAAUGAGAACAAAAAGCCAGGAAAUGAAAGCCCUACUGCAGCCAUGGCGGUAACUGCAUAUCGUCAUUUCGAGCCGCAGUCCUCCAAUCGAUCAGCCUCAGACCCCGUCCCCGCAACUACGCCUGCUGGAAAGUCAUAUCCGUCCAUCUCGACAAAUUCGACCACCAGAGAAGCGGAAAGCGUUAGCAGCAAUGUGCUCCAGAACAAGGCGAACGAUGCCGGUCGCCCAACUCAAAGGGGCAGAGGUAGAGGUGGACGAUACCGUGGCAGUCGCAACCACGGCACUUCUAAGCGUAACAAAACUAAUCGCAGUACCUCGGGUCCCUCAAAAACUGACAAGUAG